GUACAGAUACGUACAGUUGAUUGUAGAUACAUACAGUUAAUAUAUAUGUGUGUGUGUGUAUAUAUACACACAAUACAAAAUAUAUUGUCUUAUUAACAUAAUAAUAAUGUGAAUUCAAUAAUGCAACUCUGUACAACUCAACAGGAAGUGCUGAAGCAGCUGCAGGGCACCAUAGAAGAAGAGUCUGGAGAUGCGUCUGGCUCACAGCUGGAACUCAUCGAGAGACUGAAGGAGAUGAGCCUGGACUCUGCAGGUUUUAAGUCCAGGUCGAGGCCUCCUGUGCCCCCCUCAUCGUCCUCUAGCUCUGCCUCUUCUGGCUCUGGAGCUCCUGGAGGAGCAGCCGGAGGCUCUGGAGCUCCAGGCCCCCCGACAACUGCUGCCUUCCCCAGGAGAGGGCUGCCCUCUGCGGGCAGAGACAGCCAUGACCGCUGCCUGGAGGAGCUGGAGAAAGAGAGGUCUCUCCUAUUGGCUGAGCUGGAGAAAGAGGAGAAGGAGAAGGACUGGUAUUACGCUCAGCUGCAGAAUCUCACCAAGAGGAUCGAUAGUCUGCCGCUCACUGAAAACUUCACUCUACAGACGGACAUGAGUCGUCGUCAGCUGGAGUUCGAGGCUCGUCAGAUCAGGUCAGCGAUGGAAGAACAGCUGGGCUCCUGUCAGGAGAUGGAGAGGAGAGCUCAGGCUCGUGUGUCUCGUAUUCAGCAGAUAGAGAAGGACAUCCUGAGACUGGGAGCUCGCCUGCAGGUAGAGGAAGCUCAGGGGACAAGUGACAGCAGUGGAUUGGCUGGAGCUCAGAGCUCCAGCAGCCGUUUGGACCACGAGUCGGCCAAUGAGGCGAGCUAUUCAGUGCCUCGACGGAUCACCAGCCACCUGGGAACCAAGGUGGAGAUGGUGUACAGUCUCCUGUCCAUGUUGGGGACUCAUGAUAAAGACGACAUGUCACGGACACUGCUCGCCAUGUCGAGCUCGCAGGACUCGUGCAUUGCCAUGCGUCAGUCUGGCUGUCUGCCACUGCUCAUCCAGCUGCUACACGGCAACGACAAGGACUCCCUGUUGCUAGGUAACUCUCGCGGUAGUAAAGAGGCUCGAGCUAGGGCAUCAGCAGCACUGCACAACAUUGUUCACAGUCAGCCGGACGACAAGAGAGGCAGGCGUGAGAUCAGAGUGCUCCACCUGUUGGAGCAGGUGCGUCAUUACUGCGAGGCAUGCUGGAGCUGGCAGGAGAACCAUGAGAGGGGCGUUGACCAGGAGGACAACCCCAUGCCGUCUCCAGUGGAGCAUCAGAUCUGUCCCGCCGUCUGCGUCCUCAUGAAACUUUCCUUUGAUGAAGAACAUCGACAUGCCAUGAACGAACUCGGUGAACUAAACUUCAGCUUUCAAGGGAUGAACGUAUCAUCUGCCAAUGUGACAGCGGUGGGUCGGGAUCCAGACUCCUUCUCUAAAGCUGUGGCCAAGAAUGUUAUUGUUCUGGUUCUCGGGAUCUCCAUCAACUACAUCAACGCAAAUCUCGUUCACACCUUCACCAAACACCAGGUCUGA